AUGCGAAAGCAGGCCACAACGAUUCCUCUUCGCGUCAACUCUGCACAGUCCGUGGCUUCCGUUCAGACAUGUAGUUCAUUUUCCACAUUAUGUCCUCAGGCGAGGUUGAAAGCUUCACAUCGUCCUCAAUCCUCCUUCCCUACUCUCCCUACUCGCCAAAGCCGUACCUUCCUCGCUCAUCUCGGCCGUCAAGCGCAAGCCCUGAAACAACAAUCUACUACCCCAUCGGCGACUCCAUCCCCAGCCAAAUCAGACAAGAAACCCAGCCCGACCCUGCAGCUCACCAACCUCCCCUAUUUCGUCCGUCGCACUGCCUCCAACCAGCUUCCCGUCUACGUCGUCACCAAGGCCGGCGGCACCAAGCAACUCACCAAGCUCCAGAAGACCGAAGGCGAUCUGGACGCGCUCCGCAACGACCUAGCCUCUGCCUUGGGUGUCGUUGACGGAAACAAGCCUAACCCGGAUGUUACUCUCAACCGACUCACUGGCCACAUCAUUGUCAAGGGCUGGCGCAAACCCGAGAUUCUGAACUUCCUCCAGGAGCGGAAAUUCUAA